CGAGUCUUCCCUAGCACCUUGCAUUGUUUCCAGCAUCUUGCUGCCUUCCUUUUGCCUCCCCGCCUAUCUUUGGAAACCUGCCCGACUUGUGUCUCAGCCAAUGACACAUGUUGCCUUCCCUUCACGGUGAGAGAGAUUAGAACCAGCCAGGACAGCCUCAGCACUUACAAAUGCAACUGACAGGCUGAGGACAGAAACAAAUCUGACUGUUUUGCAACAUCAGGUCCACAGAGUUCAAACCAGAGCCGAAGCAAAAGCGACGGCACUGAGAAGAAUGACACUGGGACAAACAGAUACCAUAGUGCAGGAGAGACAGGUGACAACUGGAGAAUGGCCGGCUGCUGUCCUUCCACAAGAGCCUUCCAUUACAGCCCAGAAGUGCCUUCCAGAGCAAGAUUCUGCUGCUAAAGUGGACUCCAGUUCAUCUGAGAACCCAGAAGACACAGAAGACAAUGAGGAGUUUCUAGAGAAGCUCAUGUCCAUUACCUCAGACAGCUUACCUCAGCUGGAGAUCGAGGAGAGGUACAGCGUCACUAAGGAACUAGGGAGUGGCUCCUAUGGACACGUUCUAGAGGUUCAGCACCGUGAGAGAGGGACCUUAAUGGCGCUGAAGAUAAUGUUGAAGGAGCGCACAGGGAGACGAGAGUUUCUGCGGGAAUAUUGUAUCUCUCUCUGUCUUUCCUCACAUCAGAACCUUGUUCGGUCCAGUGGUAGUGCUUUCGAGACAUCCACACAUUACGGAUUUGCACAAGAGCUGGCACCAGCUGGUGACCUCUGCGCUAUUCUGAAUUCAGGGGAGGGCCUUCCUGAAGCACAGGUGAAGCGCUGUGCAGCCCAGUUGGCUGAAGCUCUGGAUUUCAUGCAUGGCAAGGCUUUAGUGCACAGGGACAUAAAGCUGGACAACGUGUUGCUUUAUGAUAGAGAGUGUCAUCGUGUGAAGCUGGCUGACUUUGGUCUGACACGACUGGAGGGCACAAAAGUCGCUGCCAUGUCUGGCACCUUGCCUUAUUCCCCACCUGAGCUAUGCCUGCUUGAAGGCACAGAGACCUUAUCCUUGGACCCCAGCCUGGAUGUCUGGGCCUUUGGGGUGCUGCUCUUCUGCCUCUGCACUGGCUGUUUCCCUUGGGAUGUAGCAAUGAGUCCUGACCCUCAAUUUGAGGAAUUUGUCAUCUGGCAGAAUCGCACAGUGCCAGGAGAGACUCCAGGCCAGUGGAAAGGAUUCACUACUCAUCUCUUGGGGAUGUUCCGCCGCUUAAUGACCAUUGAUCCUGAUCGUCGUAGUCCUGCUAUUGAAGUACAUAAAUACUUACGUCUGCCUUGGCGUGUGAACACAAAUGGGGGUACACAGAUUCCCCAAACUGAUGCUCUCAAAGGAGGAGAUGCAGAUGACUUCUCCAGUAACCCAUCUGAGGACGAUAUUGGCCUUGGCAGCAACUCCAAGGAGAAUUGUAUUGGGCAAAUACAGCCAGACCUGAUUAUCUCAGAGAAAACACACAUCAUACAAAUGGGUACCAGUUCUGGAAACAAUUGUAGUCCACAGAACGGCUCAAGACUAAUUGAGCCUGGGCUCCAGCCCUGAAGAAAGCUUUGGAAGACAAUGCAAUUCCCCUCCAUGGACACAUCAGAGGCAGUUGAAAGGCCCAUGUUCAAGCAUGAGGACUUAGCAGUAGUUUGACUAACUAACUAAGCAGAAGCUUCCAGAAAACUGAGUGAAAUGUCACCUCCCCACUUUAUCUGUUGGUUAGGCAGAGUAGUACUAGCCACUCAGUAGAGAUUGCUUUGCUCUGUGGGCAGAGAGCUGGUGUUGGUUGGAACAUGCCACAUUUAGGGAUGUCAAUCUUCCUUUAUUUCAUUUUCACAUAACCAAGAGCAGGUAAUUUGCAAAAAAAUUUGCCUCUUCCAGACAAGAUUAUGUGAGUUUUUGCACAAUUUUGUUGAUUUUUCACAUUUCUGGACUUUUUUUGUAUGUGCAAAAAAUUCAUUUUCACACAGACAAUGUUUUUUUAUGGAGUAGCUAGACACUAUUAUCAGGUCAUAGAAAUUCAAUGUUUUCUAUUUGCAGUCUUUCCCCUGUAUCCACAGGUUCUGCACCCAUAGAUUCAACAACCCAUGGCUUCAUUUUUUUUAAACCCAUAAAGGAAAUCUUGAUUUUGCCAUUUUAUAUAAAGGUCAGCCUUGUAUUACACCAUUGCAUACAACAGAACCCAAGGAUCCACCAAUUUGGGUAUCUACAGGGAGUUGUGGAUCCAAACCAAAGCAAACACCAAGAGCCCAUUGCAAGGUUCAAAAGUCAAAUAGAUUAUAUGUAUGUCAGGCCCAUUGCCCCCUAAACUUAACCUCCAGGGCCAGUAUGCUCUUAAUCUACAAAGUGUUAACUAAGUAAGCAACUUAUUUUUGCUCAUGCAGUUGUCCUUUAUCACUAAAUCACCAGGCAUGAUAUACCUUAAUGUAGUAAGAGAUUAUGGGCAGUGAAAUCCUUUGUUAUUUUAGUGUUUGUUUAUUGGUUAAGGCCUACAGCAUGGCUGGUCUGAACGAUAAUGGCGCUAUGUCUAAAUCCUCAUACAUCAGUGGUACUCAAGAGUUGUAGUCAGUCAAUUUGCCUGCUCUGUGAGCUGUUGGUUGCUGGACUACAGCAAGUUUCCAGAAUGAAAAAAACAACAACAUACACCUGUAGUCAAUGGAAACUAAAAUGGUGCCAAACCCCCUGCUAGCCUCCAUAUCAGGUAGCUUAAGAAGCAUUGUACAGUUUUAAUGAAUCAGAAACCAUAAAGGAGGCACAAGUGUGAGCAAGACACCUUUAAUUAAAGCUUGAACAAAUUAAGGGACUUCCUUGUGAGUAUAUAUUAUAGAAAGAUGUUACCAAUUGAGUGAAAUAUUUUUAUGUAUUACAUAAUGCUAGUAAAGUGCAAUAUGGAAACUUUGUUUAAAUGCUGCUUCCUCUUCUAGGGUUCUGAGCUUUGUGAUAAAAGGAAGAUAGAUACACAAAUCUUGGUCAGUAUAAUAAAAUAUUGAUUUGUGAAAUAGAAUACCAUGCAAGAUAUUGUAUGUAUAUUAAUGUUAUUGUAUCAUUGUUGAAAUUUCUAUAAUAAAUUUUU